AGAGGACCUUCUGAUGCUGGGGGAAUCUCUGUUCCGUCCAAGCAUUGUUAAGACAGGGAUCAAGAGACUAAAAAGCAAGAUCUCUGACAGUCAACCAUAAUGUGAUAUUCACCUUGUUACCGUAUCAACAACGGGUAAGAUGGUCUGCUGAUUCUACAACAUUUCACACCAUCUCUGCUUCCACCACCUGUGUGGGUUUGUUUGGACGGGCCAAUGCUUGCAGAGGGUUUCCUGAGAGUCCUGUGUUAUAAAGACACAGACACGGAGUCCGACCCAGAGCCACAUGGCUCUUCUUCUGCCCAUUCUGUUCACUUUGAGGAGCCAGGUGGACAUCAGAGACUCAAACAAGCGCAAAGAGUCACAGUAUCGUCACCGUUGUCUCCCAAUAAAGCUGUUGAUGUGAAAGAGGAAGUGGAGCAGGUGGAUUCUGAGCUGGGCACGGUCCAGAGCGUGGGCGACGGUGCUGUAUUAAUCCCGAAACCCACGACCUUCCGCUCCAGCCCUCAACCUUACCCCAGAUGCACACCCCAGGGGCCACUGCAGCCCACGAGUCUCUAUACCCAGUUCUGCUCCAGUGUCCCUCAACGGGGUGAACGACAGACGGACAGUGAUUUCAGAGAGCAGGAUGACUACAGAGCCAGCGAGGACGCCCCUGCGCUUCCCCUGAUCGACCCCAGAAGACGGAGGUUGGGGGCAGCUGCACCGGACAACGGCUACCUGGCCAUGGACAGCAGCAUCACUCUCCAGGGUGGUGAGCCUUUGACCAACUCCAUGCUGAACGGCUACCUGGACAGCAAGCUGAGGGAGGUGUACAGUCAGUACCUUCAGGAGAGGCUGGUGCGGCCAGGCACAUCCCCGAGAUGGAGCCUCCUGGCGCCACUACCUCCGGGACAUGUAGUUCAGCAGCUCAGUCACCAGGUGGCGCUGGAGCAAGGCAUGGAGGUGGAUGAGGCUCGUAGCCUCGUGCUAAGCUACAUGCACACCCAGGGAGGGGACAGUAGAGCGGUCAGCUCACAUUUCAGCUCCCCAGUCCUACGGAUCUCACAGCUGGAGGACAACUGACCCAUGCAGACCGUAACACAUGCCUUGAUAAUCUCAUGUCAAAUCACAGAAUCUCCUCUGUCUGUCAUUACUAUCAUUUGGUAAUCUGCUUCAUUCCUGUCUCUCUGAUCUGGAGCUCUGAUUGUGGACCACUGUGUUGCAUGCAUUUUACCGUAUAUUGACAUAAUUUCAGUGUCAGUGUAAUAAACAAUAUCAAACAUUA